AUGGUGUCUCCAAGUAUUCAAAAAGAUAUUGCUGCUUGUUUUGCAAAUCUAAUAUUCAAAUCCAUUUGUAAAGAAGUUGGUGAUGAUGUGUUCUCAUUGCUAGUUGAUGAGUCUAGUGACGUUUCUAAAAAGGAACAAAUGGUGGUGGUUUUACGAUAUGUUGAUGCAUGUGGUAUUGUUAUGGAGAGAUUUUUUGGUAUUGUUCAUGUGACGGGGACACCUUCUUCAAUUCUUAAAUUUGUCAUUGAUACUUUAUUUGCUGAACAUGGAUUGAGUUUGAAACAGGUAAGAGGGCAAGGUUAUGACGGAACAAACAAUAUGCACGGAAUGGUGAUCAAUGUGGUGAAUGCUUGUUGCAAGCGUAAAGACAUGCUUCUACAAAGUUACAAAGAUAGAGUGCAGGAAGCAAUUAGUAAGUGUGAAGUUGAAACUGGAACAGGGAAAUACCAAGAGCUUUCUCUUAUACGAGUGCAGAGAUACACGGUGGGGUUCUCAUUACAAAACCAUCUUGAGCUUGAUUGCUUUCUUUCCGAAUGUUAUUGA